GCUGUCUCUUAUACACAUCUAGAUGUGUAUAAGAGACAGAGACCGCAGAGAUCGCGAGCUGUUUGUGCGAGCAAGGAGGCUAGAUGAUUACCCCCGAAGCCCUCGCUAUGAGGCCGAUCGGGGUAGAGGCGACUCCCGCGGCCGAUGGGACAGGAACGACAGAUAAGAGAGAACGGACCGAGAUGGAUAUAGGGACGACAGAUACGAGAGGUCGGGUCGAGAUGGCUACAGAGGAAGUAGAUAUGAGAGAGGAGAUCGAGACUGGGAACGACAAGAUGGGUCGCGCGGACGGUUUGAGCGCGGGGGAGAUGCGAGAGAGCAGCGCGACGAGUCGCGGGGAUGGUACAACAGAGGGGACCGACGCGAUGAGUCACGAGGACGCUCUGACUCGGGGGACCGCCGGAAUGACUCGCGAGGGCAGUAUGAGCAAGGAGGGUCUGGAGGAGACCGGCGCAACGAUUCGCGCGGUCGGAAUGAGAGAGGGGGAUAUGGUGUCUCAUCAGAACCAUAUCCAAAGGAAAAUGUCUGAUACCGCUGACACAGGUGCAGGGCAGGUUGAGGUAGUGGUUAAGGAUGAGGGUCAAGCGUCACCCUCAACAACUCCUCCUCCUCCCCUGACCCCUGCGCAGCGACGCAAGAAGGAGAUCCAAGAGAAACUGCGAGAGCAACAGGCGCUGCUCGCAGAGGUAGAAAGACAAGAGGCUGCAGAACUGAAAGCUGCAACAGAUGCUUCCAGGAAGGAAUAUCUGCUGCAGCAGGCUGAGAAGACUGCUGCGGAUAACAGAGUGGCCCAGUGUACCAGAGACCUGGCUGAGCUGGUGAUCUUGCAAAAUAAGAUCACAGCCAGCCACUUCACAAACUGGGAUGAGAGGAUCCAGCGGCUGGAGACCAGAGUGGCUGAUCUGGGGACCCAGCAGUCUAAGAUCCUGGAUGCUAUCCAGAAUCUGACUGCUCAGUUAACAGCAGCCAAUGUCAUCAGUCCCCUGGUCCCUGUGGUCCCCUCUCUGAAACCCAAGAAGCCUUCUCAGCCCCCUUCUCCACCUCCUUCUCCACCUCCUGGGUCUCCUCACUCGACUCGCAAGUCUUCCCCCUCUGUCACCUCCCAGGCCAAAGCCACGCCUCCUCCCACCUUUGCUGUUGUUGUUGUUGGGGACCAGCGAGGCCCCAAGAUCCCUGCCCCCAGCAAAUUCAAGGGGGAUGACCCCAAGAUUGACGUUGGGGACUGGGCAGCUGGAACCCGGGCAUAUCUCAAGGGCUUCCAGUGCCCAGAACAGCAAAAGGUGGCAACAGUGGUGGGGCUGCUGGAGGGGCCAGCCCAGAAAUGGGCUACCUUUACAGCCAGCGCCCAACAGCAGACUCUGGAGGACUGGGCCUUGGCACUGGGGGCUGAUAAACUUUUGCAGGCCCUGGAGGACAGAUUUGCAGACAAAGAAAGAGCCCGCAAAGCUGCUGAUAAAAUAGUACGCCUGGGCCAGCAGCGUUAUAGCGGCAGUCUGCAGGCGCUGUUCGCAGAAUUUGAACAGCUCACCUCCACCCCUGGGUUAGUCAUGUUUGUUGAUGAUCUUUUGACUAACUUUUGCAGGGCUAUGCCUGAAAAGUUUUGUGUGGCUUUGUACAGCGCAGGGCAUAAGGACUGGAGGUCCUUUGGACGUGCAACACUGGAUAUGGAGGCUAAGCUCCAUGUUCAGGCCCCCUCCAGUGAUAGGAGGAAAGGCGCCUUCCCUCGCGGUGGUAGAAAGGGAAAGGCGGCCUUUGCAUAUGCGGGCUCUGGAUCAGCCUCUGACACAGGCUCCCACCCAGGUACACCGCUAGCUGGGACUGUUUCAGCUGUCGUUCCGGAUGUUGCAGCCAUGGUACAGCAGCUGCAGGCUGCGCUGGGGGCCUUCCAAAAGGCCGGGUCUCCCUUCAGCACAACGUCCGGCAGCAAGGGGAAGAGCCAAGGAUGUCGCUCUUCAACCCCUGCCCGGCGCCCUAACCUGCCACGUGACGUCCAUUUUCCUGCAGACCCCCUCAAUCCCAACACCCUUCCCUGGCAUGACUUGAAGAUUCAGGAAGGGGUGUGGAGAAAGAGGAAGGAGAGGGGAGUCUGCCUGAGGUGUGAGGGACAGCAUUUCCUCAAGGACUGUCCCUACAUGCCUAGCCCAGCUCAGUCAAAAAAUUGAAGUUGAACCUGGAGACUGCAGUUCCCUCCAGUGCUGCACCUGCAUCUGCAUCUGCAGCAGCUUCAGUUGAGACUUGUUCCUUCCUACCCAGUGUGGGGAUUGCGCGGGCAGCAUCCUUCACCUAUGAGGAUCCUGACCCGGAUCAGGAACCGGAUCAGUCUGAGUGUCAAUCACUUGCUGCUUUUUUCUUUCAUCUGAAAGAACAAAAGCAGAACAAGUCU